AUGACAUAUAAUUUGUGUGCCAUGGCAGGUCGCAAGAAGAAAGACAAGGCCAUUCAACAGGCCAUAAUGAUAGCCGCCAUGAUGGCUGCCAGCGUCAUAGGCCCUAUGGCGAUAAAAAUCAUCAUACUGAUGGCCGGCAAGGCGCUGUUACUGAGCAAAAUAGCCUUGCUUCUUUCCGGUAUGAUGAUGCUCAAGAAACUGUCCCAACCGCAACAGAUAAACCGACACGACACCGAGUUUCCGGCUUCCGGCCACUAUUAUGACCCCAGCAUCGACGCCCAACACGUGGCGUACUCGAGUCAAAUUCAAUAG